UAUUACGAUACCCUCGGCAUCUCCAAAGACGCGAGCCCGGCGGACAUCAAGAAAGCGUACCGACGUCAAGCCAUUAAAUGGCACCCGGACAAAAACUCCGAUCCCGGCGCGGAGGCCAAGUUCCAGGAGAUCGCGAACGCGUACGAGAUUUUGAGCGAUGACAACGCGCGGAAAAGAUACGACAUGUACGGCAAAGACGGCCUCGGCGGCGGC